UGCCUCUUCCUGGAGCCUGCUAUAUAAACAGGUGUACGUAAGCAGCACACAACCAACAGCCUUUUACAGCAAUCUCUACCUUGCGGUGCAUCCAUACACUCAGUAGUCCAUCGAGAUCAUGACCACACGACAGUGCUGCUGGACCUUAGUGGCGCUGGCCGCCAUCCUGCUGGUGACAGUGAAUGGCGAGGGCUGCUACAAGUACUACGACCAUGCUUCGAAAUACAAUCUGGACUACGAGGCCAAGAAUUAUCCCUGGGAUGAAGUGAAUGACGCAAUGAGCCAGAAUCCACAACUAAGCAAGGUUCUUGCCUUGAGUUCUCCAGUGCCGACGUCAGGGCCUCCGGGCAGUGCCUACUACAAGCCUGUGUCAGUGGUGUGUCCUGGAUACCGGUACAUGCUCAAGGCCUUCCAUUACGACGGCAAGCAGUGCUACGUCAUCAAACCGGAAGUGCAGCAGGUUCGCUACACCAAGUGCAGCGACCAGUCCAACAGGGAUUGCCACUACUGCAGUUACAGUCAAGGCGGCAUCAGUAAAUGCGACGAAGAGUACGAAUGGCGCACAGUGUGGGCUUACUGCAAGCCCAUCUACCCGAUCAACGUGUACCCACCCCUCUACCCACCUGUGCCUCCAGUGAAGCCUCCAGUCUACCCCAUUCCCCCAUACAACCAGAAAGUGAUCCUCCGUCAGGACGACGUGUAUGUCAAGACCAGCUACCCGGAGCCUUACCCGCGCAAGAUCGGGUAUUACGGCCGCAAAAAGCGCAGUGUAGUUCCACAGCACGCAGGCAGCAUCGAGCACGUGACCCUGUUCCUCCCAUUCCAAUGCAGCUGCAAGGAGUUACAAGUGUUGAGCCUAGUCUUCUUGUCCCUGUCCAGUCUAGUUUUCUACCUUAAUUAACGAGGUCAAAAGAGAAACACAACACGGUCUAAGAUCAGAUGCAUUAAAGUCGCUAGACGUAUACUGGACGGUAAACACUAAAAAAGUAAGUAAACUGCUCCUACAAAUCAAGCAGCUUUUGUUGCACACGUUAACCGUCCAUUAGCUUCUAUUUGUGAACCAGGCCCCAGCUGAACAAUCGUUAAUCUAAAAUUAAUAGAAGUCAGUAGGAGUACUGUUUGAGACGUGUUUGUCCAUUACAUUCAUUAAAAAGACACACCUAGGCUUGUAAACAAACACCUUUAAUCUCAUUUUCUCCUGAGGUUCUGUAACUAAACGUUUACAGAAAAAACAUGUAAUUUCAUUAAACGACAUGUUAUUGCGGAUAGAUGUGAGCACCAUUCGAAGAAUUUUGUCUCAGACAUUGUUGGAUAGCAUAAGUAAACAACUACUCAUUAAUUCAUUUCUUUUGUGCAUGUGUAAAAUUCUGAUCCAUCUACUUGUUUUGUACUUUUUCUAAUAAAACUAAUGAAUUGCAA